AUGGCGAGAAUGCCUGCCAGCGGAGACACUGAGCAGGAGCAGAUGAGCUGCCCCGAGAGGAGCAGGGAUGAGGAGAAUGAGGUGGAAGAUUAUGAGAUCCAGGAGGUCCAGAUCACUGGGGAAGAAGAGGACGAGGAGUCCGAUAGAGAGGUUGUGGAGCUGGAGUGGGAGUCAGGGGGCACAGUGCUGGACUCCAGCGGUUCCGCCGCGGAGAUACGAGCGGUCGUUAUGCGGAGUAUGGACCGAGGAGAGGAAGAGGGAGAGGCGGACCCCUUCAGCAGCAUCCCCGCUGGGCUGGAGGCUCAUCUGGAGGGAGACCUUCAGCGGUCAGAUCGGAACAGGCUGAGCGAGAACACCCGCCUGGCAACCCGGUAUGCGGUGAGGAUCUUCAGGGAGUACCUCAGUGAGAAAGCCCAAAGUCCAGACUUUGAAACUCUGGACAAGGAGGCGCUAUGCACGGUGCUACGCUCCUUUUACGCGGAGGCGCGCUCCAAAAGUGGUCAGUUGUAUAGCAAGUCGUCCCUCAUCAGCAUCCGGAGCUCUCUGAAUCGGUACCUGAACGAGCCUCCCUACUGCCGUACCUUGGACCUCACCAAAGACCCGGAGUUGCGCAGCGCCAAUCUGACCCUGGCCGCGGUCAUCCGGAGGCUGGAGGAGCAAGGCGCCGGUCCCGUAGUGCAGAAACAAGCUAUCACGCGCUCGGACCUGCGGAAACUGUACGAGUCCUCAGUGUUCAACACCGACACGCCGUUCGGGCUGCUCAACAAAGUCUGGUUCGAGACCUGCAUGUAUUUCUGCACCAGGGGCAGGGAGAACCAACGCGAGCUGGAGGAGGACUCGUUCGGUCUGGCUGUGGAUGAGGACGGAAGAAAGUUUGUGUAUUUUAAAGCUCUUGGACCGUACCACAAGUCCCGCUCCGCCGCCUGGACCAAGAAGCGCCCGGACGCGGACGAGGACACCUUGCCGCGGAUGUACGAGACGGGCUCGGAGCAGUGUCCGUACGCCAGCUUCGUCCGGUACGUGUCCAAACGGAACCCGCUGUGCAGGGCUUUCUUCCAGCGGCCCCGGGACCACUGCUGCGCGAGCGACAUGACGUGGUACGAGAACAAAGCUAUCGGUAAGAACCUGUUGGGCACGAGGAUGCAGAUGUUGUCGCGCGCUGCCAAGCUGUCCAAAACCUACACCAACCACUGCAUCGGCGCCGUCUCCAUAGCAACGCUCAACAGCAUCGUGGGUGCUUCGGGAUCCAGGCCGACCACGACGACGCUUUACGUUGCCUCGGAAACGGUCAACGGUCACGCGCAGUCCCACCUGCAGCUGGUGAUCCCGGGCAGCGCUGAGGAGGACCCGGCUCCCCACGCCAAGAGGGUGUGCGUGCGCCUCGGGGCACGCGUGGAGUCGCCCGUGAAGGAGAAGGAAAGCGAGCCGGUGCCUGCAAGAGCCCCGGACUCCCACAGUCACACACAACCAGCUGUGCGGUCCCCUGUCGCUGUGGCCACACAGGACAGCUGUGGCAGCCACAGCAGCAGUAUGUCCAGUCAGCAGCUGGUCUCUGCGUCUCCAGUGUCUCCAGUGGGAUCCACCGGCAUCCCCACACCAGCCCAGCUCACGAAAACAAACGCACCCGUCCACAUCGAUGUAGGAGGACACAUGUACACCAGCAGCCUGGCUACUCUUACAAAGUAUCCUGAGUCACGGAUCGGUCGUCUUUUUGAUGGGACAGAGCCAAUUGUGUUGGAUAGUCUUAAGCAGCACUACUUUAUUGAUCGAGACGGCCCCAUGUUCCGCUACAUACUUAACUUCCUCCGGACCUCAAAGCUCCUCAUCCCUGAUGACUUCAAAGAAUACUCCCUGCUGUAUGAAGAGGCCAGUUUCUUCCAGCUCACUCCUCUGCAGACCGAGUUGGAGCGCUGGAGAACUGAGCAUGAAUGCGGGGCCAUGUGUAAGGAGUGCGAGUGUGUCGUGAUUCAUGUGGCUCCGGAGCUCGGCGAGAGAAUCAGUGUGAGCGCCCACCGCGCCAUGAUCGAGGAGGUUUUUCCCGAGGUCAGAGACGUCAUGUCUAAUUCCCUGAACCCCAGCUGGAGCCAGGACUCCACACACAUCACCCGCUUCCCGCUCAAUGGCUACUGCCACCUCAACUCUGUCCAGGUGUUGGAGCGGUUACAGCAGAGGGGGUUCUGGAUCGCAGGCUCAUGCGGCGUUGGAGCGGACUCUUCCCAGUUUAGUGAAUACAUUCUACGGAGGGAGGGCCGAGGCAGCCGGUACCCCCCAACCCUCAUCCGGAUAAAACAGGAACACAUGGACUGAAGUCAGGGUUCCCCUUUUUGCACACACAUCAACAAGUUCUCCAAACCUAAACGACAGAAGAGGUCGUGUGUCAGUAGCACAAAUUACGACACGUAUCACUGCUCACGGUACACCGUGUUACCAACUCCUCAGUAAGGAAAGUAGCUAUUGGCUGUCCUAAAAGUCGCUAAAUGACGUCAUCGCCUAAUUUGCAUAAUUUACAAUGUGCAUGUACUUGUAAUGGACGCUGUAGGAGAGAGGAAUAAUGUCGUGGGUGAGACAAAAAGUGAGAAAAAAAAACCCUAAAAAUGUUUAGAACUACAAAUGUUCUGUCUUCUGUCACAAUUCCAACCGUCCUCCUUUAUCCGGCCUCAGGACCGGCAAUAGUGACCCAAAAGAGACACUGACUGUAAACCAGCCAGUGGUGACUUCUAGCAUGCCGAUUCAUGUGCAGACUGGACACUAAGGGUUAACAUCUCCUGCUCUGACUGCA